AUGGACGACCACCACGUUUAUGAUACAAACUUCACGGAAGAGAUUAACAAUAAGAUGCAAGUGCCAAAGAGCAUUCGGGUGAAUGGAGAUGUUUCUAAUUAUCGUUCGACAAACUACUACUCUGACGAUAACAGCCGAUUUGGUGACAAUUUUGAUAUGAGGGUUCCAGAAAAAAUUAUUCUUAUCGGUAAUAAUCAGCAUCAAGGAUCUUCAUCAAAACCAAGAGAAUUCGCCAUUGAUGAUUUGAUAAUUCCUCAGCCACCAGCUGAAGAAUUUAUUCGUGUUCAGACUCCUCCACAAAAAAUCACCAUGUCAAGACAUUAUUUCCCUUCUGUGUUAGAUGACUUUGAACAGAAAUCAACAUCUAUUGAACAAAGCGAGGAAUCGAUUCCAAACAAUACUGAACCAGUGGUUAAUGCAGUGCAAAUUAACCCAAAUAUGAGCUUCUUCAAUGGAAGCAUUAGUGAACCAAUGACAAUAUCCGAAGAAUUAGCUCACUUGCGCCAACAAAUGGGUCGUGUGUCACGCCGAGUUAUUGAAUUAGAACAUACAGCUUCUCUGCCUUUUUAUGUCAGAGAGAAAAAGUUAAUUGUCACAUUGGUAUGCAGCUAUGUGGUUUUUAAAUUUGCAUCAUGGUUAACCAGACGUUAG